AGUAAGUCUUCCUUUCCCAAACAUUGACCUCUGCCAGCUUCUCAGCUCACAAAGACAGUUUUGCACCACCCACUGCAGCAGCCUCCAUAAAAGCCCCUCUGGCUCGUCCUGAAUUCACAAAGAAGUAUACUGGAUGAACUUUCGGGAUAUACAGGUCAUUUAAAAUGUAUUUAACAGCAGGAGUUAUCUUUGCUGAAUAACAUAAAACACUGAGAGAAUAUCAGACUAUUUGAGAGCAUGAGGAAGGCAUUCUGCUCUGUGUUUCUCUUUUGGACAGGUGUAAUCUUACUGAGUGGUCUUGGCUGCUUGUGUGAGCAUGAUGGCAAAGUGAGCACAGAAGGCAUUGGACAGUCGAAGACCCCUCACCUGAUCUUCAUCAUGGUGGACGACCAGGGCUACGGAGACAUUGGCUAUCACGGCUCUGACAUCCACACUCCUGCUCUGGACCAGCUCGCAGCAGAGGGCGUCAAGCUGGAAAAUUAUUACGUCCAGCCUAUCUGCUCUCCUUCUCGCAGUCAGCUCAUGACAGGACGUUACCAAAUUCACACUGGACUACAGCAUUCGAUCAUCCGACCGCGUCAGCCGCUCUGUUUGCCCCCAGACAUGCCCACUCUGCCCGAGCGCCUGGCUGAGGCUGGAUACGCCACGCACAUGGUUGGGAAAUGGCACCUGGGAUUCUCCAGGCCAAACUGCCUGCCCACACGGCGCGGAUUUCAGAGCUUCCUGGGAACCCUGACCGGCAGUGGCGACCACUUCUCCUAUCGGAGCUGCGAUGGGGCUGAAGCUUGUGGAUUUGACUUGCAUGAUGGGAACAGACCCGCCUGGGAGAUGAGAGGGAACUACUCUACGCUGCUCUACAUUGAAAGAGUCAAGAAGAUUUUGCAGAGCCACAAUUCCCAAAGGCCACUCUUCCUCUACCUGUCGCUGCAGGCUGCGCACACUCCUCUGCAGGCACCAGACCUUUUUCUGCACCACUAUGACGCGCAGAGCAAUCGUCAAAGGCGUCACUACGCAGCCAUGCUUAGCUGCUUGGACGAGGGGAUUGCAGAGCUUGUCAAAGAGCUGAAGACUAGCGGUCUCUAUCAAAACUCCGUCUUGAUCUACUCAUCCGAUAACGGCGGACAGCCGCUCUCAGGCGGGAGCAACUGGCCACUGAGAGGAGGGAAGGGGACCUAUUGGGAAGGAGGCAUUCGGGCGGUGGGGUUUGUCCAUAGUCCCCUUUUGAAGAGGAAGGGGAUCGUAAGCAGAGCCCUAAUCCAUGUUUCUGACUGGUAUCCCACAUUACUCUGGCUUGCAGGGACCCUGCAAUCCCACCACAACCUGGACGGCCAUAAUGUCUGGGCUAGCAUCAGCGAAGGUUUGCCUUGCCCCCGCACAGAAAUCCUUUUAAACAUUGACCCUGUGUCCAGGAAACCCGGGGAGCCCUACGACAAGGCGCUGGAACUCAAUGGCUUCGGGAUCUGGGACACAGCUGUGAGAGCCGCGCUAAGGGUGGGUGACUGGAAGCUUCUGACAGGAAAUGUGGGUGAUGGAGACUGGAUACCACCGCAGGCUCUUCCAGUCGGCCCGGAACGUUGGCAGAAGCUUGAGAAGCGGCGCAACAGGCUGGGGAAGUCGGUGUGGCUGUUCAACGUCAGCGCUGACCCGUACGAGAGGUUCGACCUCGCCGAGGUUCGUCCAGAGGUGGUGAAACAUCUGCUGGCUAGACUGGCGGAGUACAACCACACUGCUGUGAUGGCAAGGAACCCACCCGAUGAUCCUAUGGCUGACCCAGAACUACAUGGGGGAGUAUGGAGCCCAUGGCUGGGCCUGGAGGGGUGGGGAAGAAACGAGAAAGAUAAAGAUGGAAAAAAGGGGAAGAUUCCAAAGGUUAGGCACUGCAAAUUAUGCAAAUUAAAAGCCCUAUUUAAAAAAGUGGAGUCACGUCUGGAAAGAAAAACCCUUUUCUAGUUGACAAAUGUACACACAGUACAUACCAAAAGAAUUUAGGUUAUUUCAUGUUGACGUUUGCAAACCUCUGAGAGUUCAGCUGGACUCUCUUUACAAACUGGAGUACUACUGAAUGUUGCUCUGAAUU